UUAUUCCUUACAGCAAAAAAGACGAAACCCUAGAAAUCUUUCUUCUACCGAUCCACUUCUCAUCUUUUCAGUUUCUCUGGUUCUGCACGGCGGCGAGUUUUGUGGUUGCUAUCUCUUACCGACAGUAGCAAUCAUGGCGUCGAAGUACGAUUUGACGCCACGUGUAGCGCAGCAAUUGGACAUUCACUUGAUUUUCCCGUUACUGGAGUUUUUGCAAGAGCAGGGAUUAUACCCAGAUGAAUAUAUACUCAAGGCGAAGAUUGAGCUGCUUAAUCACACUAACAUGGUUGAUUAUGCUAUGGAUAUUCAUAAGUCUCUCUAUCAUACUGACGAUGUGCCUCAAGAAAUGAUGGAGAGGAGAGCCGAGGUUGUGGCAAGGUUGAAAGCACUUGAGGAAGCUGCAGCCCCAUUGAUCACUUUUUUGCAGAAUUCCAGUGCUGUGCAGGAGUUGAGAGCUGACAAACAGCACAAUCUUCAGUUGCUCCAGGAGCGGUACCAGAUUGGUCCGGACCAGAUAGAGGCAUUGUAUCAAUAUGCCAAAUUUCAGUUUGAAUGUGGAAACUAUUCUGGUGCUGCUGAUUAUCUUUACCAGUACCGAGCAUUGUGCACAAACAGUGACAGGAGCGUCAGUGCAUUGUGGGGAAAGCUUGCAGCGGAGAUACUAAUGCAGAAUUGGGAUAUUGCACUCGAGGAACUCAACCGCUUGAAAGAAAUUAUCGACUCAAAGAGUUUCUCUACUCCGUUGAAUCAAGUUCAGAAUAGAAUAUGGCUAAUGCAUUGGAGUCUAUUCAUCUUCUUCAACCAUGACAAUGGCAGGACACUGAUCAUUGACCUGUUUAACCAGGACAAAUACUUGAAUGCCAUUCAAACAAGUGCUCCCCACUUGCUGCGGUACUUGGCUAUUGCAUUUAUUGUCAACAAAAGAAGAAGACCUCAAUUUAAGGACUUUAUAAAGGUUAUUCAGCAGGAGCAACACUCUUGUAAAGAUCCCAUCACAGAGUUUUUGGCAUGUAUUUACGUCGACUAUGAUUUUGAUGGGGCACAGGAGAAGAUGAAGGAGUGCGAAGAGCUAAUAUUGAAUGACCCAUUCCUUGGAAAAAGAGCUGAAGAGGGCAGUUUCUCCUCUGUGCCAUUGAGAGAUGAAUUCCUUGAAAAUGCUCGUCUUUUUAUCUCUGAGACCUACUGCCGCAUUCACCAACGCAUUGACAUGGGGGUUCUAGCUGAGAAGCUUAACUUGAACCUUGAGGAGGCAGAGCGAUGGAUGGUGAAUCUUAUCAGGACCUCAAAGCUUGAUGCCAAGAUAGACACUGAAACCGGGACAGUUACAAUGGAACCAAAUCAGCCUAAUGUGUACGAGCAGCUCAUCGAUCACACCAAGCCCCUUUCUGGACGCACGUACAAAUUAGUCAGUCAGCUUCUUGAACAUGCACAAACACAACUUGCUAGAUAGUUUGGUUGAGGACAUUAAGCUCGUGCCAAUUUUGCAUUGCUCCCGUACCUGAUUAACACCUUUAUAUUCAAGAAUGUUGCUUAUGUUAAUUCCUGGAUUUCCCUUGGAGGAAAUUUUGAGAUACAUGAUGAAUUAUACAUUAGUUUCUUUUUUAUCUUGUGUUGUCUCCAUUGGAAGUGGUAUGCCUUUGCAUUUUA